GCAGCAUCUCGAUCGUCGAUCAGUGGGACACACUGAGAAGUGAGACGAUAUAAUACGACGCAUUGAGGCGCAGCGCUAGUCAAAACUCAAAGACUAUAACCAGAUCACAAAGAGUGUGAGAAUUCAUCUCCGAAGAAAUGGCGAUUACCCUCAACAGUGGUUUCAAAAUGCCCAUAAUCGGAUUGGGUGUGUGGCGUAUGGAGGGUAAAGACAUCAAAGAUCUCCUCCUUAACGCUAUUAAAAUCGGGUAUCGUCAUUUCGAUUGUGCGGCUGAUUACCAAAAUGAAGUGGAAGUGGGAGAGGCACUAGCUGAGGCAUUUAAGACCGGAUUGGUGAAGAGGGAGGAUCUCUUCAUUACUACAAAGCUAUGGAACUCAGACCAUGGACAUGUUUUGGAAGCUUGUAAAGCAAGCUUAAAAAAGCUUCAACUUGAUUAUCUGGAUCUCUUCCUUGUUCACUUCCCCAUAGCAACAAAACAUACUGGAAUUGGCACAACUGAUAGUGCAUUAGAUGAAGAUGGUGUUUUGGAUAUUAACACCACCAUUUCACUAGAGACUACAUGGCAUGCUAUGGAAGAAACUGUCUCCAUGGGCUUAGUUCGCAGCAUUGGGAUCAGCAACUACGACAUAUUCUUAACAAGAGAUUGCUUAGCAUACUCGAAAAUAAAGCCAGCUGUAAAUCAGAUUGAAACACAUCCGUAUUUUCAACGGGAAUCACUCGUGAAAUUCUGCCAAAAACACGGGAUUGCAAUCACGGCCCACACCCCACUCGGUGGCUCGGUGGCUAACACUGAGUGGUUCGGGUCCGUUUCUUGCUUGGAUGAUCCAGAUCUGAAAGGUUUGGCUGAUAAAUACAAGAAGACUGUUGCACAAGUGGUUCUUCGAUGGGGAAUACAAAGAAACACUAUAAUCAUCCCUAAAUCAUCAAAGAAAGAGCGAGUUGAAGAGAACUUUAAAGUGUUUGACUUUGAUUUGACCAAUGAGGAUAUGGAGCUUAUCAAGGGCAAGGACCGAAAGUAUCGGACCAAUAACCCGGCUAAAUUUUGGGGUGUUGAUCUUUAUGCUUAAAUGUGAGAUUGGUUUUUAGGUGACUUUUAUGAAGACCUUUUGAAGUGGACUAUGUUAUAAUAUGGUUUUUUGAAAUGAUGCUUGUGGUUGGAAAAAUGGUAAGCAAUGAAGGUUUAGGGUUUGAUCUUA